AGCCUCGGGGGCGCGCACGUAGGAAGUCCCGUCGAUUCACGUCACGUCGAGUCACGUCACGGGUCCGCAUCGACCGACACAAGAGAUGCUGAGGUGACAACCCCGGAGCAAGAGAAACCGAUUUCAAAGGCUUUCCGCACUCAUUUUCCGUCUCCACGCCACGAUGGGAUCCAGUUCCGCGUCGUUCCGAGCCUCCUCCGUGGAUGUAGCGGCCCUUCACUAACCACACCCGGGCUGCUCGUUUUCGGAUCAAGGCGAGGGCCGUUUUACAGGUUCCAGAUGCUCGGCCCCGUCUGAGACUCACUUAAGAGCGGCGGGGUGGGGGGUGCCAGGGGCAACGUAACGGUCCGGGUCUUCAGGCGGCAUGAGCGGGGGAGCGGAGCAAGCCGACAUUCUCAGCGUGCUCUCCCUGGUGAAGGAGCGAUGGAAAGUGGUGAAGAAGAUCGGGGGCGGUGGUUUUGGGGAGAUCUACGAGGCGCUGGACCUGCUGACCCGGGUCAGCGUGGCGCUCAAGGUGGAGUCAGCUCAGCAGCCCAAGCAGGUCCUCAAGAUGGAGGUGGCCGUGCUGAAGAAGCUGCAGGGGAAGGAUCACGUGUGUCGCUUUGUAGGAUGCGGCCGCAACGACCGCUUCAACUACGUGGUGAUGGAGCUUCAGGGUCGUAAUCUGGCUGACCUGAGGAGGAGCAUGAGCCGGGGGACGUUCAGCAUCAGCACCACGCUGCGUCUGGGUCGGCAAAUCCUAGAGGCCAUCGAGAGCAUCCACUCAGUGGGAUUCCUGCAUCGUGAUAUCAAACCAUCCAACUUCGCCAUGGGUCGCUUCCCCAGCACCUGCCGCACAUGCUACAUGCUGGACUUUGGCUUAGCCCGCCAGUUCACCAACUCGUGCCAAGAGGUCCGACCGCCCCGCCCAGUGGCAGGAUUCCGGGGAACCGUGCGCUACGCAUCCGUCAACGCACACAAAAAUAAGGAGAUGGGUCGCCAUGAUGACCUGUGGUCCCUCUUUUACAUGCUGGUGGAGUUCCUUGUCGGCCAGUUGCCGUGGAGGAAGAUCAAGGACAAAGAGCACGUGGGCAAAUUAAAGGACACGUACGAUCACCAUCUGAUGCUUAAACACUUGCCGGCGGAAUUCGGUGUCUUCUUGGAACACAUCUCCAGCCUGGACUACUUCACCAAGCCUGACUACCAGCUGUUGAUGUCAGUGUUCGACAACAGCAUGAAGACGUACAACGUGGUGGAAAACGACCCGUACGACUGGGAGAGGGCGGCCACGGACGGCAGCCUGGUGAUCAGCUCCAGCGCCACCACGCCGCAGCAUCAUACGCGCCUCACGCCCGCUCACAUGGGCAUGGCCAACGCCUCGGUGAUUCCAGGCGACUUGCUGCGCGAGAACACCGAGGAGGUCCUGCAGGACGAGCAACUCAGCGACGCCGACAACAACAUGGCGGCACCUGAACGUGUGGCAGGUUCUCCGGGUCACCCACCGCGAGCGCAGGAAGCUGAUGUGUGGGAGGAGCUUGACCGUAACCGUAACCGGAUACGCACGGCCUUAUGGAAGGCUGCCGCUGAAGAGGAGCAAGGCAACCCCCAGGGCAACCAAAGCCCAUUCGGAGCACUCAGCCUGGGGUCGCCCGUCAAGAUGAUGUCGGAGGAGCGCGAGGGGCCUCUGGUCAGGAAGCUGCGCAACAUCCACAGCUUUGAGCUGGAAAGGAGACUUGGACUCGAGUCCAAACCCAAUCCAGAACGCUUCCUCGAGGCCUGUCCCACAAAGCAGACGCCCAGUACUGCCCAGCAGCAACAAGAACAACAAGUGGACGAGGAGGGAGCCGAGGGGGCUCCAAUCAUCCCAGUCAAUCAGGCUCUAACGCCUCCUAAUGGAGAGCGUCGCGAGCGGAUUUGGCACUAUGACGAAGAGUUCGUUUCUGGCGGUGGUGUCGGGGGGUCUCCCAAAGCGCCGUCCCCUGCUUCUCCGGAGCACGGCGACGGGGCGGCCAGCAGCGGGGGCUUCGUGGCCCUCAACCUCAGCUCGGGCCGGCAGGACGUAGACUCGCGGGACUGGGUCCUAGUGGAGCGGCCCGAAACCAAGGCCAGUUCAAGCCCAUCGGAAGAGGAGGAAGAAGAGCAGGAGGCGGAGGUCCUGCAGGAACCCGGGUGGGACCGGGGCCUGCCAAGCACCGGCUCCGGAAAAGCAAAGCCGGACAGUUUGACUUCGUCCAAGGGAAGCGCCAAAGCUGACAAGUUGGAACUCAGCGUGGGGCCCGCCGAGGCCUUGCCCCCUGUGACCCCCACCAGCCCUGCCGAAGUGCUGACCGAGGGGGUCCUCACCCAGCACCCCACCUCUCUUCCGUCCCUGCCCGAGGAAGCGGCCGCCCGGACCUUCGUCCCCGUCCCUCUGCGCUCCCCCAGCCCUCACACCCUCCUCAGCACCCUGUCGGACCCUCUCCACCAGCGCCACCCGCUGGUCAUGAGGCGCAGCCAGUCGGCCGACCAACACCGGGACCGCCCGCCGUCUUCCUCUUUCGUUCCGCUUCCACUCAGACCCUCACCCAGUCGCAGGAAACUGCCCGCCAUCCCGGCCGGCGCCGCCAACGCCAACUUCCCCUCUGUCAUACGUAUAACCAGGGCCCAGCUGCAGCAGUUGACGGCUCAGCGUCCGUCCGGGCUGUCCUCUGCGUCGGGAUCCGACAGCGCCCAUACACCGGAGAGAUGCAGCGAAGCCAAAGCAGAGCCUAUGAGUGAAUCUCCGGGGACGCCUACAGACCCGCCUCUGGUCAACGGGGACGCCCCGAGUCCGGUGCCGAGCCGCCGAAGCAACUCCCCCCGCUCGCCUCUUAGCCCCUCCUUCCCCAGGGGACACCACUUACAGACCCCUCCUGGCUCUGAGAAAGACAACCUAGCACCGGAAAAUGUGGGCAGCCAAGUUUCCAACUCCGCACCUCGCCACCGGCAGAGUCGUAUUCCCGUGCUGGAACCACCGCCCCCGGGUUCGGCCAAAGAAAAGCUCCUGCAGAAGAAAGCCAACAACCCGGUCCCGCUGCCAUCACCCUCCGCCUCGCCGUCCCUCUCCGACCGCCGCGCUCCGGCCGCCGUGGCUUCCCUCGCCAGGGACCCGCUGUCGUCUGCCUCGGAUCGCUCCCAGGAGGAGGACUCUCUCAUGGGCUCGCGCUCGGACCGGCACGGGGAUGCCUCCCUGUCUUCGUCCUCCAGCCCCCUAUCCCGUCGGAGCAGGAUCCCUCGGCCUGUCCACUUGGCCUCGUCCGCCGAGCAGCUGGGCGCCCAGUUCCUGCCCCGCCCGCCUCCUGGCAAGCCGCCGUGCCGCAACACUGUGGAGGGCAGGAUCCGGCGCUACCGCAUCCGAGCGGGCAGCACCAGCGACUCCGACCUCCUGAGCUGCCUGGCUCAGCUGAUGCACGGCGCCCGCGGCUCCUCGGCAGCCCACCACCGCCCGUUGGCCCCAUACGCCGGCUCUCGGGCGACGGGCGUCAGCAGCCUGACCAGCUCGCCGCACCACGUCCGCAGCUCCAGCGCCUCGCCCCGCAGCUCGUCCUCGCUGCAGCGCUCCGUCAGCUCCUCGCCCUCACGCCACGAGCCCCGCGGCAGCUUGGCAGGAGGCUGCCUGGGCCGCAGCCGCUCGCCGCCCAGCUUCUCCGGGUCGCCCCCGCCGCGCCGCCUCUACCACCACCAUCACCACCAGGAGACAUGCUGCAGCCGGCAGGCCCGCACCGCCGCCUUCCACCUGUCCAGGGGGAAAGGCUGCAGUCGGGAAGGCAAGUGUUCCAGCAAGCUGGCCAGAUAGUUGCCCCGAAGGUGGACGAAGAACAGUUUUCGGUAUUCCUCCUUUUUCCGAACCUCAUCGCGCCCCCCUCUUCCGUUAACGUUUUCUAAUAUUCAUGUUAUAUUGUUGGAUAACAAAAUAGUGCAGCUGCAAUUUUAUUUCCUGUCCCAGUUGGUACUGUAGCACAGUGUUUCCCAACCUUUAUUGAGCCAACACACGUUUCACAUUAAAAGAAAAAGCACACCGCCAAAAAAAAUACUACAUAACUAACAGGAGUGAUUAUAAUUUCAAUCUCAUUUUACUACUAUCCUUAAAAAACGAUUGGGGAUUUUAAUAAUCGAUUUUCAUUUUCAUAUCGAUUAAGUGGAACUGGAUAAUUUCCCUCGGCACAUUAGCGGUUGGGAAUCACUGCAGCGUAACAUACCAUGUAAGUCGCUUCCCCAUUUUUUUUUCAUCUCGUAUUCACAAUGCAGCCAGUAUAUCGUCCCUUUUUCAGCACUAACUCGUAUUAAUGCACUCGGUUUGCAUCCUAAGACUGUUUGGGCUUUUCGCUCAAGCCGUGCCGCAGUGUACAGUUGUGUUCAUGGAGAUUUUUCCUUUCAUGCUUGGCAUCGCUUAAGCAAGCCCGCCCCUCUCCUGUUUUUGCGCGUGUGCUUCAAUUGAAAGACAACGCUACGAAGAUACAAUCAGUCAUGUUGAGUGCGUGGAAACGCGCAAACCUUCCUGUGCCUACUGUAGUCCUGUCGACGCAGCCUCUUCAAGCCAGGAUUUAUCCACCUUUUUUGUGUGUGUGCCAAUAUUCCAAGUAUUAACAGAAUUUGAAAGCUGGCAUUUUUGCAUGACGCUGUAUUCAGACGUGCGUCUCAGCUGACCUUUUAACCCUGCCGGUGUGUCGAGCCGCCAAUAUUCCGUCUUUAGAGGGAGUACAGGAAACCUUCGUAGCACCACGCAAACGCUGGAACUAUUUGCGUCGCUCUUUUGGACAAGCCAAGUAUGUGUUUAAUGCUCCAAUUUUGUUUUUUUUUGCGACAGAGUUUUGUACAAACUGCAAAAGGCUUGACUACAAUUUUACAGCUUCAGCGGUGGUCUCAGAAGCCCCUUUGACACCAACGCAGCGUCUUCCGCUUUCAGUAGUAGUAACAUUUUCCACACCAUACCGACCGUACCAUAAGUACUCGAGUGAGGAUAAAAAUGGAAUGACUUGUUUGUGCACGUGAGCAAAAGGUAACCACUGUUUAAUUCCAGCUCUAAAGCUUCUUCUCCGCUUGUACGAUAAACGGCUUCCUGUCCCUCGGCACACUAAUGCAUUCCUGCAUGCUGAAUCCACUUCUAAGACAAAAUAAGCUGCAUCUUUUUACCUCACUGUGACUAAUAAGUUGAAAAGCUUAUCACGCAAACUUCAUUAUGAUGAGCAGUUCAUUUGGUGGCAACUUGAGCACACCUUGAAAUGAUGGCAAAUUUACAUAUUAGUCCGGUGAUACUAUGAGUACUAAAAUAAAUUAAUUUAUAUUUCCGCUGCACUGUACCAGGUCGGAAAACCGCCAUGAUAAUGAGUAAAAUUAUCAUUAUGAAAAAUCCAAUAACCAAUCAUGAUUAAAAAUAACGUAUUUGGUCCAAUAAUGAUCACAAAAAUAAAGGCUAAGCUCCAUGCUAAGCUAAUGUUAGCGUAUGUGCAAAUGUGUGUUUGUUUCAAAUUGUACAUCCGACAAAUCUGAUCAACCAUUCCGUUUGGAACCCCGACUAACCGAGUUUUACAAAUAGAAUCUUGUUUUAACGUGUGGGAAAACACCAAAACAUAGUAGAACCAAGUAGGUACCGUGCAACGGAAAAGGGGCAAUUUUUCUGCACUGACUUUGAAUGAUUGUGAUUUUUUUUUGAGCGCACCCAAUAAUGUUUUCAACCUCUUGACUUUAUUCAAAUAGGCUGCGCAAACGGAUUUCGUUGCCAAAUAUUUUGAUACAUGUGCAACAAACGUGUGUAGAGCUCCUUGUAGGCGAUCCAAUGUUCGCUGCUUUUUCGCCCAACGGUGUUCUAUCGACGAAUUGGCGAUUGGUCCCGCCGCCUUAAUGCCUCUUCUCUGGCCAUUUUGAAACGCAAAAAGAUCCCUUUUCGCAUUGUGAAAUGAGCCCAAACAUAUUUUAAGCAGGCUUCAGGGGAAGUGAGGUUGAAACAACAAUAAAACAACUACUUCGAAAAGAUAAUCACGGGUUUUUUGUUUUUGUUAUAACCGUUCAAAAGUGGCGUGCAGUUGUAGCGUUAGCGCAUUUUUGUUGUUCUUAGAAAGGGGUUGUUGUACUUUUACGAUAAAACUUGACGUUUUAUUUAUUUACGGUAAGGUUACAACGGUAACUUGCUGAUUAUGGCCGUCUGUUAUUUAAACUGAUAUUUAUUUUUAUUUAUAAUUUUAUUAAUGAUUGAUUUUUGUAUGUGUUCGUUUUUAAUCCAUAAAAGGUCUCCAUGGGAAAGAAUGUAUCCAGUUUUUUUUUUUUUGCAUUGUAUAUAGUUGUAAUAUUUAUGUUGAUGAUAUCAUUUGUAUCAUAUCAAUGCCUUGUACAGUGAUUUUUUUUCUUUUUAUUCUGUUAGUUCUUUUAAAAUUAUUUUGUAUUUUAUUUUUAUAAACUGGUUAUAAAUAAAAUACUCAUUCCGCAUGCAUAUUCAGACA